AUGGCGGCACGAAGUCUCUUGCCAACAGACACGGAGCUGGCCACCUUCGAUCACAUUGAACGGGUUGUGCAUUGGGUCGGUCUUGAGCGUGGUGUGUGGGAUGCCUUUGAUGCCACCUUGGGCGGUCGUACGACCCUUCGUUUGAUUGCCACACUGCCUAUUGGUACCUUGCAUACAGCCACCUCGCGCACUCGAAUUCCUGCUACUGCGACCUUGCCUGAACGUGAACUGUAUGCAGUAGAGAUCAUUCAGGUUGCAUUGGUUUGGCGUGCUGCGAGGAAGGUCUUUGGACUCCCUGAUGUAGAUCCUUUAGUGGAAGAUCCCACAGUGGCAAGACCGGUCACGUCGAACACUGAGGCACCUACAGCCAAGAAGGUGAAAAUGUCAUCCGCCGUUGAUCAACUGGAUGAAACUGAGGUGUCUCUCCUGUCGACAGCAGAUGUUGACCAGGCAUACAGAAACUACCGUGAAGCAGUAGGUGGAGCUUCGUCGGCUAGUGGACGGCAGAUGACGCAGAAGGAGGCAGAGGAGUCGCAGGUCAGUAAUGCUGCGUCCGCGGCCAUGCAUAGAGCCCCAGGUGAAGGAACUUCGAAGACUGCCAAGAGGCGCCAGAGGGACAAAGCCAAGAUUGAAAGGUUGCGAGAGGACAAUCGCCGUCCUGGUUGCAGAGCACUGGAAAAGGAGGCUCAGGUUCGGCAUCGGGUGGAGACGGUGAUGGUCAUCCCAGGAGAGCAGGUCGAGAGUUCCAGACUGAUCGUGAAGGAAAUCAGAUCUGCUUCACCUUUGCGAAAGGACCAGUCGGAUCUUGCAGUGAGCCUUGUCCACAACAGAGGACGCAUUGCUGCCAGUUUUGCCUUGGCUCCCAUCCAAACGGCUAUGGCUGUUCUGUUCAAGAUGGCUGGAGUUGAGCUGGUCUUGUUGCAUCAAUGUGCAUACGGUGCAGUCACACAGAAAGCCACUGGGAUACUCACCAAUGCAGCUUGGAUGAAGAAGGUAUGUGCCUGCUGUCAUCAGGUGCGGGAACACUACCAUCUGAAAGGUGGCUUAGUUGGUCUGGUAUGGUCGUAUGCUGACCAGCAGAUGGUCUGGCGUACGUCCCUUGCAGCGGAGUAUCCUUGUGGCCUGACCGUAGCUUGGUCGAAGGAGUUGUUGAAGUGGAUGCACAGUCCUGAAGGAUUGCAGUGGAUGAAGUCACGAAGCUACGUCCUGGUUGGAAAGUGGCAGAACACAUUGGUGCUCGCUGGAGCUGUCGCUAAGAAAGCCAAGAAGGCGAGCAGCCAGAGGAGUGAGACGCUGCUUGAGAGAAGAGAAAGGGAGAACAAUGAAGCAAUUGGAGGAUUGCGGAACUCGAAGAGGGCUGUCGCUCGGUCAACAAGGCUGCGCAAUGUGGGUGAGCGGUUGCGGCUGGUUGUCGACCGCUGGAUCAGUGCUGAGUUGGUGCAACAGUUAGAGCAGGACUUGAGUGCUGGCAUUACUAAGGAGCAGGUGUGGCAGCUGAGGCAGAGUUUGGCGGCUGAGUUCAAAGUAGACAGCGAAGCAGACGGGUGGCCUGUCGCUCUUUGGGAGGCUAUCCUUUGUGAAGCUGCCGACCCGGAGAUGCGGAUCCUACCACGGUGGAUGAGGGAAGGCUUUCCUUUGGGGAUCAUGACGCACAUUGAGCAUAGCAAUGUUUUCCCCCAGACGCAUGAAGACACAGCCGCCGUGGAAGCGUCCAGGCUAGAGGGUGAGGUCCUUCAGGACUACAUGGAGGACAUCGUGAACUACAAGAGCUUCUUGGAUGAAUCGAGCAAAGCGCAAGAGCUCUUGGACCACAUGGUCGAGAAAGAUCGAGCUGAGGUUUUCACCACUUGGCAGGAAGUGGUGGAGAGGUUUGGCCAAGGGGCCAGACUAACCAAGGCGGGCUGCCUGGUAAAGACCAAAGAAGACGGCGCAGUCAAGGUAUACAUUGAGAUGUUUGCACUGGACUUCAAGGAUGCUUUCAACUUGCUACAGCUGAGAGAGGAUGAGCGAGCCAUGAGGGUGACGCAAGCAGCCCUCCUGUCGUACGAGACGGAUGUCAACUGCUAUAUCGAUGACCCGCUGGUGAUGUCCGUAGCUGCUUCACACCAGGAGCAUACCCGACGCUUGUUGGUGUAUGUAGGGCUGUGGACGGCCUUGGGACUCGAGAUCUCGUGGCACAAAGUGGUGAGAGGCCGGAGCUUGAACUGGAUUGGGUUCAGUCUUGAACUUUGUGGCCCGCAAGGGCUGGAUCUGCUGGUGGCAGAUGCGAAGAAGGCCAAGCUGCUUGACACGUUGGAAGAACUGCGAAGCUGCAGAGGUGUGAUGCCUAUCCGUUUGUUGCGGUAUGCAGUCGGAGUUCUUGGAUGGCUUUCAUCAGCAGUGCCAGCAGCUCGCCCAUGGUUGUCAAUGAUUUGGGCGGCCAUCACUGGAGCACGUGAGCCAGUGAAGGAGAGCACACGUCGUCGAAAAGGUCUCAUCUUUGUGCGUCAAGUCGACAAUGCCCUACGCUGGCUGCAUGCAUUGUUGCACCUGCAUCACAAUUGGGUGGGCUUAUACAAGGUGCACAAAUGGAGACCUUAUGCAGCCACAGCUUUGGUGCAGACUGAUGCCUCACCCUUUGGCAUUGGAGGAGUCCUGAUGGUCUCAGGGCAGACAGUGUCAUAUUUUGAUGAAGAGCUGCAGACCACCGACUUCAGCUUGUUUGGCUCUGAACGGGGAGAUCCAGCUUACCAGUCAGAGUACGAGUUGCUGGCGGUCUUGGUGGCCCUGCGAGUGUUUGCCCGAAAGAUCUCUCAAAUUGGGGCCCUGCGAGUGGUGCUGCGAGGUGACAACACGUCCACCUUGCACGCAGCAUUGACUUACAAAGCAGGUAGUCCCAUCAUGACACAGCUGGCGGCUGAGAUCUUUUUGGAGGUGGAAUACCAAGGCUUAGUGGCCAUCGUUCCACAGCAUUUACCUGGCACGUUGAACGUGAUUCCUGACAAGCUUAGUCGGCUGCAUGUGGAAGAAGUGCCGCGGCAAUUGGCAAAUGUGCAGAGGCUGAAGGCCGUUGAAGAGUUGCCACCGGGGGUGAUCGCCGCUCGAGCUCGUUUGGGAUGGCCCUCCAAAUCGGAGGAAUCAGCGAGGUCGAGGACGCCAGACCGAAGUCGAGAUAGGAGCCCUUUGAAGGGGACGAUUGCAUGCCAAGUAAUUAGUGCAUCUGAAGUGUGCCAACUAAAGAAGUCGGAGAAGUUUCAGUUUGAGGAGUGUCGCCUGGUACUUCACAGUGGUGAGGUGCUGACGAAGACUAGGCAAGAUGCUCCGUGGACUCCGACGGUCGGGAGAAGCGGGGCUCGCCGUGGUCAGUUGCACCUGGCUAGGGAGAUAUCAAAAGACGAUAGAAAGCGGCAGGAAGCGCUGCAGGCCUAUGAUGCUUUGGUGUUUGCUGCCGGUACCAAUCUCUCCAAGGAGUCUCUCUUUAGCACGUGGUGCAAGAUUAGUCGGGCACGAGGGGAAGAGCCGCUGCCGUUAGAUCCUGAGAAGAUUCGCCUCAAUGUGGCAAUUUUGCGAUGCUCUGGUUAUCGUGCGGUCAAGAGUUAUGUGUAUGAAGCUCGUGAUCGACAUGUGAGAGCCGGGUUUCCGGUUUCGCCCCAACUCAAUGUGGCCGUCCAGGAUGCCAAGAGGGUGGCAGAAAGGGCUUUGGGUCCGGUUCAAAGAGCUGAAGAGGUCAAACCGGCCUGGUGGAAUGGCUUCAUGGAGGAGCGCGGCGUGAUGGUCGAGGAUAACGAGGCCAGUCAGGAGACCCCAAACGCUGGCCUUCUGACCUGGGUGGUUGGUACGCUCUUUGUAUUGCGUGAGGUUGAGCUGAGUGGCCUCACUUUGGAUGCGAGGUGUGUCCAACUGGAGACCAAAGACAAAGUGGUGACCCUGUCUUUGCCAGUCAGUAAAAGUGACCCCGGAGGGCGGGGAGCGAAACGCUCUUUGGGAUGCACUUGCAAAGGAAGAAAUGACUUCUUUUGCCCUUUUCACGUCGUAGAGCGAAUUGUGCAAGAGCAAUGCUGUAGACUGCACGUGAAUGACAGAGGCGGGCUGACAGACAAGCUACCACUGAUCGGGCAACGAGGCGACCCAAGGUAUUUUGUCGACAAAAGAACUAUGGUGACCGAAGCUCAGAGACACGUCGAAUUGAUGCAAGAUGUUGGAUUUGCAAAGGAAUGCGACAGAACCCGAAUCACGGGACACUUCAUGAGAAGGAGCGGCAUCAAGGAGAUGGCUAGGAAUGGCUGUACAUUCUCUUCGAUCCAGUGGUUUGCGCGCCACUCCAGUCAAGUCACUUGGGCUUACAUCGAAGAGGCAUGGAGUGAGACACCUGCACACGCGCUGAAGCUCAAAGACGAAAUUGAGCUGGCCGAGAGUGUAGCCUUUCUGCUCAGGAAAGUGAAUCGAUUGGAGGAAGCAGAAGACAUGAGAGCGGAUGAGGUUAAGCAAGGGCUCCAGAAUGAUGGCCUGUGGUUUGAUAGUGAGGACGCAAGAAGAGCUAUCAGAGAGGAAGCGCGAAAG